AUGGACUACGUUACCCGAGGGGUCUGCGGUCAAGAAGGAUGCCGUGAAAGGCGCUAUUAUAUCGACAAUGGCCUUUGGUAUUGUCGACGCGGCCAUUUGCAAGAGGGUGUGCAAGUCGCAGAGGACGGCGAUGAUUUCGGAAAUUUGGGUAAAGUUCAUCGUGUGAGGAAAGAAAUUCAAGAGAGAUCUACCAAAACCUUUCACGGACGUCCGGCAUGGACACUUUUUUUGCAAAUCUAUCAGCUCAUUCUCUGGAAGCAAUCGCAUUCUUUGGUUCAUGACCAUGGCUUCCCAGAAGAAUUAGCGAUCGUUGUUCGUGAUCUCUGGGCGCUGCGACUUCCGGACUUCAAACUCAAGAUCACCGAGUCCAAUGAAGACGACGGUGGCGACUCCGAGCGCGAGGUGUUUAGCUCCCAGGCCGCCCAAAGUGAUGAUUCUGAGGUCGGAUUCAAGCCGCACUCAAGAUAUGUCGAAUGGCCUCGUCUGAUUGAUGCCGCGGGACUUUGUUAUCUCGCGGCGUUAAUAAUGCGGGUUCCUAUAUGCGUGAAUGACUUUUACGAGUAUGUAUAUCGUGAUCUUUCCACGAGUCUGGGUACUAGUCUGGGGCUUGUUGACGUUUCCUCGCUUACACGUUCUCCAAGGAUGAUCAUACGGCAGAAGCUACCCUACACCCGGGUACUAGCAACCGUACCUUCUGAAAUGAGGGAAAGACUUCCACCCGAACUCACCGGGAUUCUUGAGGUCAGCAGACUGCCUAAGAUUGAGCAUCUUCAUGACGCUGUGCAGGCUUUGACUUUGUUCUAUCAACGUCGUUUUGAUGUGGCGCUUCCUCCCCUCAACUGGCCGAUACUACUGUUUCGGCAUAUCAAGAGAUUGGCUUUGCCCAUCGAGGUUUAUGAUGCAGUGAAGGCCCUGCAGAGCUUGCUGGAUAUCACCUUCGAAUACCCCAAGCCAAAAGCAACGGUUGAGCGGAAGAAAUCACACCAUUACCCAGAUGUGGAAUUGAUUGUGCUCAUUGUGAUUGCUACAAAGCUCUUGUUCCCAUUUGAUGAUUUGAAAAGAUAUCCGACCACCAGCAAGGAGCCCGCUGCACAAACAAUGGACUGGUCUCAGUGGGCACUCGCCCAAGCAUCUUUUGACUCAGAUUCCCACUUCAAAGAGAACAUCGGGAGGGAUGCCGCGAUUCGCGUCACAGACAGUGAUGUACUGGCCAUGUCCGCCGAUCAACUGGAUCAUUACAUGGACUGGUAUGCAGAAAGCUGGUUGGACACUUCCAGGACCCCUGGCCGCCUCGCUGAAUUAUUUCCCAUCCAACGGGGUGACAAUCAACCAAGCUCUGCUACCGACCCUGGGCCCUCUACUGCCACGACUUUUGCCCCCGACACAAUGCAAAAGAAACUUGAGACGUUGCUACACGAAGUCAUGCAGGAUAUCAAGCCAAGACGGGUCAUCCCUGAGGAAAGCGAUGAUCACAAGCGCCCCGGCGAAGUCUACCGCCGGUAUCGAUGGGAAUCUCAGCUCAAUGGCGCCGCACGGACAUUUUACGAAAUUGCUGCCACCCUCGCUGCAGUUCCAUUGAAAACGUUAGUCCGUGCUGUGACACUCACCGAAUACAAGAUUGCAAGGAAUGAUGAGAAGCGACAACAUCGGGAAUUUUUUGCGAAUCAAGGAGUGGAAGUUGAUGACAGUGAUGCCGACAAAGAUUUUGAGAUGGACGAUAGCGGCGAGGAAGAAUUUGAAUAUUGA